AUGGAACUAUCGCUCUGGGACACGGCUGGCCAGGAGGAAUUCGACCGACUGCGCGCGCUGUCUUACGAAGACACACACGUCAUCAUGCUGUGCUUUAGUGUCGACAGCCCCGAUUCGUUCGAAAACGUGGCGAGUAAAUGGGUGGACGAAAUCUCGGAGAACUGCCCGGGCGUCAAGCUGGUCCUGACGGCGCUCAAGUGCGACUUGAGGAAGGAUGAAUUCGAGAACAACAAUGCGAACGCCAUCGCAUACGAGCAGGGCCUUGCCAAGGCCAAGGAGAUCGGGGCCGUGAAAUAUCUGGAAUGCUCCGCCGUCCAGAACCGCGGCAUCAUGGAGACCUUUUACGAAGCAGCCAAGGUCGCUCUAGACGUUAAAGCCCCAGGGUCGACCGGAUCUAAGGGAGGGUGUGUCAUCCUUUAA